GUCAGUUCACACGUAACCAUUCAGCUGGCCGCAGCAACGUACCGUAACGAUCGAUCGUCGAGGGUGCGCUGCCUUUCGCUCGUCGAGAUCUCUCCAUUUAGAUCCAGAAACGUCAAACUUUGUUUACGCUAGGCUACGAUCGAGCUUGCUCAAAGAUCGCCAAUCCCCCCGUGUUGGUGCUAGGGAAGUGUGUUCUAGUGGUGAUAAUUGCAUGAACCAGCAUGGCGACCAUCGAAAGUGAAAAGGAAAGUGCUAAAUCGAAAGUGCAAGAUCAAAAGAAAACCAACGUUGGCAAGCUGAAAGAUGGUGCCGUUGUUGCAUCCGAGGGGAAGAAAGUGGAUUUGAAUUGGUGGAUCGUGUUCGGUGUGAUACUGGCGCUAGCGCUGGGAACGCGAUUCUACAAUGUUACCGUUCCGGACCACGUCUGCUGGGAUGAGACCCAUUUUGGGAAGAUGGGCAGCUGGUACAUCAAUCGGACGUUUUUCUUCGAUGUCCAUCCACCGCUGGGCAAGAUGCUGAUCGGAUUGUCCGGGUACCUGAGCGGGUACGAUGGGAAGUAUCCAUUCGAUAAGCCCGGUGACAAGUACAAUGGGACGCACUAUGAAGGAAUGAGAAUCUUCUGCACGGCCCUCGGAGCGGCCAUCGUGCCGAUGUCCUUCCACACCGUCUGGGACAUGACGGGUUCGCUAACGGCGUCCACUUUUGCCGCUGCCUACAUCCUGUUCGACAUCGGUAUGCUCAUCCUGAACCGGUACAUCCUGCUGGAUCCUCCGUUGAUCUUCUUCAUGACCGCUUCCGUGAUGGGAAUGGCUCGGGUUACGAAACUCACUCGCCAGCACCGGAGUUUCUCCCGAAGCUGGUGGAUUUGGUUGUGCUUUACCGGCUCCAUGUUGGCCUGUACGAUCAGUGUAAAGUUCGUGGGCCUGUUUGUUGUGCUUCUGGUUGGAUUGCACACUGCCAGUGAUCUGUGGGAUGUCCUCGGGGACCUUUCCCAGCCGAUCAGCUACACCGUUAAGCAGUUGAUAGCUCGGGCAAUUACCUUGAUUGUUCUCCCCAUCUUCCUGUAUGCGACGUUCUUCUACAUCCACUUGGCCGUGCUAAAUCACACCGGUAGUGGGGAUGGAUUCUACAGUUCCGGAUUCCAAUCGAAUUUGGUUGGAAACUCACUGUACAACGUAUCGAUGCCUCGGGAGGUGGCCUACGGAGCGGUUGUAACGUUGAAAAAUCAUAAAACGGGUGGCGGGUAUUUGCACUCGCACAACCACCUGUACCCGAAAGGAUUCGGCGCCAAACAGCAGCAAGUAACGACCUACAGCCACAAGGACGAGAACAACAAGUGGUUGAUAAAGCCCUACAACAAGCAAACGGUCGAUAAUGUAACGCUGGUAAAGCACGGCGAUUUGAUCCGAUUCGAACACAUUCAGACCAGGCGGAACUUGCACUCACACCGGGACCAGGCUCCCGUUACGAAAAAGCACAUGCAAGUUACGUGCUACGGAGAGGAAGGACAAGGUGACAGUAACGACGUCUGGCAGGUGCAGAUAAUCGGCGGCAAGGAUGGUGACAUCGUGGAAACUGUGACGAGUCGGUUGAUUUUCUACCACUACAUUGAACGAUGCGUUCUGACGACGACGGGCAAGCAGCUUCCCAAGUGGGGUUUCGAGCAGCAGGAGGUAUCGUGCAAUCCGAACAUUCGGGAUCGAAGCGCGGUUUGGAAUGUGGAAGAUAAUCAGUUCGAUAAACUUCAAAGCGUAAACUUCCAAGUGUAUGCACCGGGAUUUCUCAGUAGAUUUUUCGAAUCCCACGCCGUGAUGCUUCAGGGAAAUUCCGGCCUCAAACCAAAGGAAGGCGAAGUCACCAGCAGACCGUGGCAAUGGCCCAUUAAUUAUAGGGGACAAUUCUUCUCCGGCUCAGAGCACCGUGUCUACCUGUUGGGUAAUCCGAUCAUCUGGUGGAGUAACUUGGUCUUUUUGGCGCUGUUCGUUGCGGUGUUUUUGGUUGAGGUCAUCAAGUAUCAGAGGAACUCCGGCUUGACGCAGAAUACUGCCAUUAGUGCCAGUGCAGACGAAGGUAAGCGCUAGAGAAGUGGUACGAUACUUGGAUCAGGAUAAUAACCGUUAAAAUUUCCCACAUUUCAGAAUCCAAAUCGCUCGCUGAGGGCAUCCGUAUGGCUGUUCGGAGGCUGGCUACUGCACUAUCUACCCUUCUACGCAAUGGGACGAGUUCUGUACUUCCACCACUACUUUCCGGCCCUGGUGUUCAACUCAAUGCUUGCAGGUGUAAUGCUGGACUACCUCACCGAGAAGCUACCGAACUGGCUGCGGCACACGGCCCUGGGGGUGGCGAUGGCCGCGCUGGUCUACAGCUUUGCGCUGUUUUCACCCCUGGCGUACGGCAUGAGCGGACCGUUUUCCCACGAACCCAACUCGACGCUGGCCGGACUCAAGUGGAUGGAUACGUGGGAGUUUUGAAGCUCGAUGGCGAAGCUUACCGGUGGUGUUCGACCGUAUUUCAUGUUUGUUCUCCUGCAUUGCUGGUUUAUUUUUAUUCCGUUCAUGUUUUUAUACCCCUCCCAUCGAGCAGGAAAUGAUUUGUUGAUCCUUUCCACAAGUGGGAGAUCCAGUAUUUUGAUCUAUUUCUAAUGAAGAUGCUUUUAAUGAAGAAAUACUCGUAAAUUAUCGGAAU